CUCGUUUAAUUUCAGGUGAAUCUUUCGACGACCACUCUCUCUCUUUUCCUCUUUGCAAAUCCUUGAAGAAAUCCAAAAUCCAUAGCAAUGGCGACUUCGAUAGCUCGAUUGUCUCGGAGAGGAGUCACUUCUAACCUGAUCCGUCGUUGCUUCGCUGCGGAAGCGGCGUUGGCGAGGAAGACAGAGUUACCUAAACCGCAAUUCACGGUGUCGCCGUCGACGGAUCGUGUGAAAUGGGACUACAGAGGCCAACGACAGAUCAUUCCUUUGGGACAGUGGCUUCCGAAGGUAGCCGUUGAUGCUUACGUGGCACCCAACGUUGUGCUGGCUGGUCAGGUCACAGUCUGGGACGGCUCGUCUGUUUGGAACGGUGCCGUUUUGCGCGGCGAUCUCAACAAAAUCACUGUUGGAUUCUGCUCGAAUGUACAGGAACGGUGUGUUGUUCAUGCCGCCUGGUCUUCCCCAACAGUGGGAUGCAAUGGUGAUAAAGCUGUAUCACAUGGAUGUGAACUUGUUUUUGCUCCAAGGUUUAGACAAGGGAAGUUUUCAAGAUUACCAGCAGCGACAAUAAUCGACAGGUAUGUGACAGUAGGUGCCUACAGUCUUCUGAGAUCAUGUACCAUCGAACCAGAGUGCAUCAUCGGUCAACACUCAAUACUAAUGGAAGGCUCACUGGUUGAGACCCGGUCAAUCUUGGAAGCGGGUUCAGUUGUGCCGCCAGGAAGAAGGAUCCCAUCAGGUGAACUAUGGGGAGGCAAUCCAGCAAGAUUCAUUAGAACCCUAACCAACGAAGAAACCCUAGAGAUCCCAAAACUCGCUGUAGCCAUCAACCACUUAAGCGGAGAUUACUUCUCUGAGUUCCUACCUUACUCAACUGUCUACUUAGAGGUAGAGAAGUUCAAGAAGUCCCUUGGGAUCGCCGUUUAGAAGCUUCAUCUUUUUCGUGAUUCACUUUCAUGUGUUUAUCUAUCAUAUGAGGUCUUUCUCUCUGCAUAUUGCAAUAAGUAGCUGAUGAACAUCAAAACAAGUCCGGCUCUCUUUUUUGGUUCUAAAACGUUUGUCAUUUCGUUUUUUGGGUUCUUUGUAAAAUUCCAUUUAAAACUGAUUUUGGCUGAAUAUUGUCUGAAUGAUAAUGGCGACGACUUCUGGUUUUGUUGUUGUGAGCAAUUAAACAAAACAAAUAACU